AUGAGCCAAACCAGCCUCGUUGAAAGCAGCUCCGGCGAACCUCCUCGCCAAGCAUUUGAUAAUACAACGACUCUUCGGCUGAACUCGCCAUAUCUAGCGGGAGAAUCGGCACACGGAAACAAGCAAUCAUUCGCCUUGCAAGGCCGCUACGUUUACAAAACAACAGCCACCUCGAUCACUCCAACCUAUCACGUCUCUACCCGCAACACACAAACCGGCAACCCAUGGCAGCUGCAAAUUUGCCGCCUUCUGCCCAACGAUGCCCGCCGACUGAGCGCAGCCUCAAGCAGUGGGGCUGCUGAGCCUUUUGUUAAAUACGAUGAUGACUUGACCAUUUACUCUGGCGAAAAGAUAUACAUCCCCAUCAGUCUUGGAACGAAGCCUCUCAUCGUCAUCAGAGGACAGAAGCAAGGCACCGUACAAGGAAGCGUUUUGAUGGAAAAGUUUAGCCGGUCAUACAAGUUCUACCACAUGAUUCCCAUCCGACGUGCCUCGACGCAAGCUGAGGAGGAGAGGAUGCAGGCACUUAUGCACAAGCGCGGGUAUCGUGAUAGUGAUGAUUGGAAGAAGAAGCUGUUGCUGACAGUGCAAGAGGGCCCAGGAAAGGGAUCCAAGGAGUUGACAUGGAUCGACGAAGAUGGAGCGGCAGUUGGGAUCGAGAAGGAUGGUAAACUAGAGUUUAUGGACGAAAUAGACACGAAGAAGAGGGAUUUUAUCGUUGUAUGUUGGGCAUGCAAAAACUUUGUUCUAUCCACUUAG